UAAUUGGACAACAUGUUAUCGUUAGUUAGCCGUAGCUAUAUAGCUUUUUGACCGUUCACAGUGCUCUGAUUGGGACUUGUUGCAAUCAGUAGUGCUUAAAUACUGACUUUGUUUGGAAGCGGUUUGCUGAAAUGGAUGUUUUAAGAGAAGAGGGGGUCCACGAGCUGAAAUACAAACCAGGUGGCCGCUUGGAUAUGAGCCACGGCUUCCUGCACCAUAUCCGGAGGAACCAGAUUGCUAGAGAUGACUAUGAUAAAGAAGUGAAGCAAGCCAAAGAGCUUCAGCGGCGGAGACACACCACAACCCCUCGAAGACCCCGUCGACCUGACAUGCAAGUGUACCAUCCUCGAAGAAGACAUGGUUCAGAGCCAGGGGCCGGUGCUGAUGCUGAAGAAAACGAGAGUGGAUCAAGCACAGAGACUGACGCCAGUGGGACUGAACUCUUUUGGCUUGAAUAUGAAGCAGAUUCUGGUACCAUUACAUCCAUCCUUGUGCACAAGGAAGACAAGCCUGAGAAGGUGGUAGAACGUGUUGCAGAGAAGAACAUCCUGGAUGCAGCCAUGAGGGCAGCUCUGAAGGUUCGAAUUCGAAAGGAAAUUGAUAAAAGACGAGACAAACGCUGAGCAAUCAACAGAUUACGACCAUAAAGGAGCUCCACACAAAGAGGAGUAAUGCUUCGUUUGCAGUUCUGCACUCCUCCAGAGCACUCUUGUGCAUUAAGGGUAUAAGAAGGAUCAUUUAGAGUGACUGUCAGCAGAGAUCUAACAUGGAGACUUGUAUUCAGGCCUUUUUUUUCGCAAGAAGGAAGAGCACAGUUUAUGGCUGGGAGUUGUUUUCAGGUUUAAUUGCAAUUCUUGACCUUGGACAGUUGUGUUAUUCUCUGAUUCACAUAUUGAGGACACAUUUAAGUUGACUGGACAUUUUUAAAAUUGUUACUUUUUUUUAAUAGUUGCAUUUAGAAAGAGCAGGUACUCUUCAGCACAGAGUCCUAAAAGUGUUGUCCUCCAUGUCCUGUGAUUCUUGUGUUUACAAAGAUUCUGUUUUGUUAAAUUAAGAUUUGAACUCUUUGUGCGAAGUGUUUUAAGCUGAUCAUCGGUCUGUCAGCAAUCCUGUGUUUAAGAAAUGAGGGAAAUUAGUUUUGAAGUCCGAGUUUAGUAGAUGUUGGGUUGGUAACUGUUCUGUAGGUUUCAGUGCUCUGAUUUAUUUUGGAUUGUUGAGAGGCUUAUUUUUGAUACUGUAAUAUCUUUUUGAGAAUGACACUUUACAUAUAAAAUGUAUAAAAGCCAUGCAUUGCUGUCCAGUUUUAUGGUGCUGAGCACCACUUUUUUUUUUCUUAUCAUCUUAUAUGACAGAUUCUGAUUUUAAACAUGAAUAUAAUACUGGAACAUAGAAAAAUACGGCAUCACUUUGAUUUGACAAAUGUUUCACAUCACAUUUUCAGCAGGUGGCAGCAUCAGUCAUAUAACCACACAGACCUCUGCUGUAGUUUUCCUUCUGUUUAAAUCAGGUUUUACUCUGUACUUCUGUAUAAAGAAUGCAUUUUUCUACAGAGACCUACUAAACAGUUUAGUUUCCAUAAAAAGGGCACUUUGAAUUGUUCUAAUAUUUCCCCCUCUGAGGGGCUAUGAAGAAUUAGGUGGCAAGUUGCUGUACAUGGAGUAGCACCUUAGGUUUGUAUCCAUUUCAGGAUCUUUGUGCACCUCAGUCAGAGCUUCGGUCCUCUGCUUUGUCAGAAAUCUCAUCUCAUUGGGGCUGCUUGUCCAACAAUAUAUAGCCUCCUAUACAGAGGAAAAACUCUUAAUUUGUCGAGUUCAGAUUUCAAGUGGCAGUUUUAUAUUUUGCUAUGCAGAGCUCUAAAAUAUGAACUUGAGUUUUCUGUGACAAAGCAGAUGUUCAUCUUGUGACCAAAAGGAGUGAUUAGUUUGUGUGAAGUUGUACCUGUUCUCAUAUUAUUUAAGCAAUUGUGAUUUUUGUAUAACUUUUUUCCCACUAUUAUGUUAUUUCUUUCCCCACCUUUUUACCUGGAGCAGUAGUUUAUGAUUUGUUUUUCUACUUUGACUUAACCAAGCAAGCUGGAACUCGCUAGUGAUGUAUUGUGAAAAUGCCUCAAGUCAAAUUCCUAUGAUUCGUAAGACCCUACCUGACAGCUACGACAGGAUUCAUUUUAAAACGGAUGUCUAUCAGUUAUUCAAGAAAAAAUGAGGAAAAAAAGGUCCGUCCCCCUAAAAGGCCGAUAGCAUGCACAUGUUAAAAUGUCUGUCUCCUAUCAAACUCGAAAAUGAAAAUAGGAAGCUCCACUUCCCUGGCUAUGGAAAAAUACAAAACUGACUUGACAUUUAGACAGAUAAACUGUUGAGCCACGCCAUAGUGGGAGAUUACUACAUUGUUUUUAUUGACGUAUGAAGAUAUGCAAACUUCAUCCUCUGAUCACAGGGCGGGCCAAAUAUUACACAAAGCCUUGUCAAGGAGGAGUGGGCUGUGCAAAUUGAUUGGCUGAACCGAAACACUCCCCUUCAGGCCGUCAACGCCCUCCUCCAGCUUGCUUUCAUUUCUUAAGCAGCAUGUGACUGAAGAGGAGGGAGACACAUUCCCAGGGUAGCUACUCUGCUGCUCAGCAGAUUAUCUAAAGUUACACAGAUUUCCAGUUGGCUGAAAUGGCCCAAUCACAGCUCACAAUUCAAUACCCGACCCUUAGUGUAGCUUAUCAUUAAAAAAUUAUGUAACUCAAAACCUUUUCUUCCGUACGUUAAUUCUGCCUGUGAAAAGCUUUUAAGGGGUGAAAUAUGCAGUUUAGCAAAGCACCAAUUGGUUAGCCAUUGUGGUAAAAAGCACUGGUUAGACUCUUUUCCCAUCCACUGCUGUAUUAUUUAAAAAAAAAAAAAAAAAAGACAAAUUAA